UCCCCUCUUCCAUUAAUCAAAGUCUUCUCCUUCCCCUCAGGCUGUCCGCCAAGGCAAUACGGAGAGAGUGCCGACCAUGUCGAAGACCAAGAAGCAAUUGAUGUCAUCAGCUCCGUGGAGGGUGGAAGAAGAGGCGGAAGUUGAAUUCCCCGAAGGGAAGCUAAAAGUGACGAGCCAGCCAGGGUCGACUCCAACCAUGCACGUCCCUCGCAAGAAAACCAAGCGCUCUCAAGACCAAGACGAUCAAGAUUCUCUCACUGAGAUUGACCCUGAGCUCCGAUACAGCUUCCAGCGCAACUUUCAGUUCCUUCAACGGGUGUUUAGCAUUGACACUGUCGUGAAACCUCUUCCGCCUGCCAUGGCAUACAAUGUCUCCCGCAACUUGAACUUCUUCACUCGUAUCUUCACACAGUUCUUUGAUCCUGAAGGUAUUGCAAAUGCGCAAAAGUCACUUGGGCUAGGACAGGAAGAAAAAGUUCGUAAAGUUCGUUGAUGCAUGCCGAGGAAUCUGGAGUUGAGCUAUAACAUUUUGUAAUCUAGUUUUGAAUCUGUUUAAUUUGAUCUCACAAUUUAAAUGGCAGCAGUUUGGUUAAAAAAAGGGCAACACUAAUGGUAUGAAUUUCCUUGUAGUAUCGAUGAUAUCCUUCUUAUAAGAGUCUCUUGUAUACAA